AUGGCGGCGGGCUCCGAUUUACUGGAUGAUGUUUUCUUCAACACAGAGGUGGACGAGAAAGUAGUUAGUGAUCUAGUUGGGUCUUUGGAGUCUGAGCUCACGGGGUCGGGUCGUGGAAAGUCUUCAGUUAGGGUCCAGGCUGCAGCAAAUCACAUUGACAACUCAGCUGUAGGUCGCAAUUCCAAUUUCCAGGACAGCGAAAUGGGACUUUCACAAGAGCUUGCUAAACCAGGGACUGGCGUGCCAGGGGGGGUCAUUAAUAGUAGGAGGUCCCAGGGUUCAACCAUGUAUGCUGCGGUCGGGACAACGGCGGUGGGAUCGAGCAUGACAGCCGGGCACAGUCCGAGCAAGACUGGGGCAGUCAGUGGUGUGAUAACGGAGGUUCCCGAUUACGGAGCUGGGACCAGAAAAACUGGGGCGGCUGGUGUACAAACUUUAAAUGGAAGGAGCGUUGCGAUAAACUCUCAUAAUUCAGGAAGUGUUGCUGCUUUGGUGAACUCGGAAAGCAGCACUGUGCCCGCCGUCGCGGUUGUCAACAACGGGCCGAGCUCCGUAGUCAAAGGAAACGUAGUCUUACCCUCAACUUCCAGCACAGUCAUUCAAACACCUCUUAUGCACAAUGCUGUCACUUCAACAGUGAUAUCGUCUCAGCUGUCUGUUCUAAACAGUGUGCCCACUGUCACGCUCGUGAGGCCGCCUAUGCAACCCCUCGGAACAGUCACCGCGCAGAGCGGGAGUAAUAAUACGGUUCUGAUACGAUCUGUCAAUGUUGCCCACCCUGCAAGUUCAGAAGCCCAAAUCAACACAUUGGAGUCUCCAAAAACGACCACACAAACGACUUCAGAAGUGACCGGCCCCAGUGUUAUAGGUAAAAGUCUGGUUUUACAAAAUGUGAGGACCUCCAUCCCAUCGACCAUUGCAGCCUGUCCUGGUGGGAUAAAGGCGAUCGCGCCACAGGUGUUCUCCCCGAGACUUCCGCAACCCCAACAAAAUGCUUCAAACAUCCAAAACAUUCAGCUCCCUCCAGGCAUGGUGCUGGUACGCAGUGAGAGUGGGCAGCUUCUGAUGAUCCACCAGCAGACCCUGGCCCAGAUGCAAUCCCAGUCCCAGAGCGCCAUGACCCCACGGGCAGCCACCCCCACCAGCACUCCCCCUGUCCAGAUCACUUCUGUACAGGCUCCAGGGACGCCCAUGAUGUCCCGUCAGGUGACCCCCACCACCACCAUCACUAAGCUGGGCUCCACGGCCCAGACUACCGUCCAGGCCACCACCACCCUCCAGAGGCCUCCUGUACUACAACAGAACACCAUUAUGCUGGGUGGAGCGGCCGCCACCUCAGGUCAGGCUCCAGUGCAGCCUUGCUCGGCAGCAGUCACCCAUAGAGCAGGGACCCCUGGGACACCAGGUGCCCCCACGGUCGUUUCUACCAUGGAGAUCCUGGAAAAUGUGAAGAAGUGUAAGAACUUCCUGUCCACGCUGAUCAAACUGGCAUCCAGCGGGAAGCAGUCGUCUGAGACCACAGCCAACGUCAAGGAGUUAGUCAAGAGCCUGCUGGAGAGUAAGAUCGAAGCGGAGGACUUCACCAGUCGGUUAUACCGGGAGCUCAACUCCUCUCCUCAGCCAUAUCUCGUGCCUUUCCUCAAGAGGAGUCUUCCUGCACUGCGUCAAAUGACCCCAGACUCGGCAGCCUUCAUCCAGCAGAGCCAGCUGCCUCACACUGGCGCCCAGCCUGCCGCCCCCUCCAAGGCCUUGACUGCUGCGGUGCUGGGGGGCACGUCCACGGCACAGAACUCCCGUCUCAACAGUAGUAGCCCUGGGGCCAAGGGGACCAUGCACCAGUCUCCUGUUAUCAGCCUGGCCCAGACACCUCAUAGCAAGCCUGGCCUGAUGGUGCCUCAGCAGCAGGGGGCAAUGGGGAGGCCUCAGGUGACUCUGGCCCAGUCACCCAUGGUUACGCUCCGAGGCCAACCCCACAGUCACAUCAUCAUGGGGCAGCCGCAGGUGGUCAGACCGCUUCAGACAGUUCCUGUAGUGAAGCAGGCUCUAGCACCAGGUGCCAAGGUAACGCUGGGGCCCCAGUCUAUGCUCUCUGUAGUACUGAAGAACAGGCAGAAGGAGGCAGGCGGAGGAACCUUCAAGGAUGAUGAUGAUAUAAAUGACGUGGCCUCUAUGGCUGGAGUCAACCUAUCAGAGGAGAGUGCCCGCAUUCUGGCAACCAACUCUGAGCUGGUCGGUAUGGUGACUCGCUCUUGUAAAGACGAGGCCUUCCUCUACACCUCCUCACUAACCCAGAGAGUACAUGAGAUAGGCGGGAGGUUAGGGGUGACUGACCUGGGGCCGGAGGUGAUCAGCUACGUGUCCCAUGCAACACAGCAUCGGCUGCAGAACCUGCUGGAGAAAUUGACGGUGGUGGCGCAGCAGAAAAGCAUCACCUUCAAGGAGGAGGAUAGGUGUGAACAGGUGAGUGACGUGCGAGCACAGCUGAAGUUCUUUGAGCAGCUGGAUCAGAUGGAGAAACAGAGGAAGGAGGAGCAGGAGAGAGAGAUCCUGAUGAAGGCAGCUAAGUCUCGAUCACGACAAGAGGACCCAGAGCAGCUUCGGCUUAAACAGAAGGCUAAAGAGAUGCAGCAGCAGGAACUGAAUCAGAUCAGGCAGAAGGAGGCCAACAUGACGGCCCUGGCAGCCAUCGGCCCCAGGAAGAAAAGGAAAAUGAACUCCCCUGUCAGCGGAACCGGGGCUGAGGACUUGUGCUCUGGUCCCUCUCCGUCAGGUGGGUACAGUAGCGGAGGCUCCAGGCCUCAGCGCCAGCGCAUCACCCGGGUUAACCUCAGGGACCUGCUCUUCUGUCUGGAAAAUGAGAGGGAGACCAGCCGCUCACACCUGCUCUAUAAAGGCCUCCUCAAAUAACACAGGGAGACCGGACAUGCCCAAUAAUGCUUUUCUAAGGGACAAGAAAUGAAUGAGACUAACCAAGUCACUCACCUCCCGAACAGACAGAGACCAGCCACUCCCUAUAGCACCUCCCCUAGAGACAAUAGCACCUCCCUCAAAGGGCAAGAUAGACCAGCUACCCUUGAUGGUACCGUCUCUUCUUCUGUGCUCUCCUAGAAUCAUGACAUCCUAGACUAGAGGAGAGACCAAUGACACCUGGAAAAUGAAUCAUUAGCUGAACCCUACACUCCCUCCUCAAGAGAGACCAGGCUGUUGCAGCUGUGAAACAAUGAGUUGUUGGGACUGACCUAUCAAACUAGCUCUUCUGGCCUUCUUCGCGAUUGCCUGAUCCCUCCUGAUGACCCAGUUGGACAUGUAAACUUCCAAUAAAGUUGGAAGUCCCACCUAGUUGACCACAUUAAAAUGGUGGAUGCCCCCAAUGGCGCUGCCUAUGCUAAUACGGCCUUUUGUCCACUAGAGGCCUCAAUCAUUCUCCAUGUUAGAGACCUGCUACUGGCAACCAGGAACCCUCCCAUACACUCCUCUGGAGGGGAAAUGCUCUUAUUUGUGAGGUCUCCUUUGGGUCUGGAAAUAUCCUCAUGUUUUGCAGUAGGGACAUGCAUUAGCUUUUCCAUCCUUUCACCUCAUGCAAUAUAUGAUUAGACGUUCUUUAGAAAGAUCCCCAGCUAGGGGACUUUUUAACAUGUUUAACCAACAAAUGUAUAAACCUGCAGGAGUAACGUCAAAUACCUGACGAUACAGAGACUGCAUUUUGUUGAGGAGACGUUUUAUUUUUCCUAUUUUCUAGUCAUUCAUUCUAGUGCUCUUUUACUGACUGAGGAUUAUUUUAAUUUGACUGGUAUUCCUCUUCCACCGAGCUGCCUUGCAGCCAUAAUAAGCCAUAUUAAUCAUACAUCUCUAACUCUCCACCUCUGAUGACAGAACUCCUUCUCAAUCAGUCAAUUUUCCACAGAGAUUUUAGACUUGUUUGAUUUCUGCUUUAGCGUCUCUUCCCAGGUGCUUGUGUGUUGGACUUUGUUUUUAAUCACUUAUAAUGAAUAUUUAUUUUGUCAGCAUGUCUGUUGAUAACAUUUUGUACAUGUUUAUGCAUACAUGAAAACAUACACACAAACACAUCCUAUGGAAGCCGUCGGUAAAUUGUAGGUUUUUAUCAGUAGACCGUGUGAAGAAAUUGAUAUACAAUAUAUAUAUAUAUUUUCAGAGGAGUAAUGUAAAACAAUUUACAUUAAUUAAUUGAUGCAACAAUGAAAAGUGAGACUGAUGCAAAGUUGGCAAUAGAUAGCGUUUAUUAUUGAUGGGAGGCCAUUGCUAGCUGCCACGGUGAUGUGGGAUGGAAUGCAGAAUAUGGUAUACAGAAUGCACCCCCGAACGAUCCGUUUUUUAAUCAAGCUGUCGGUCAGAAGCAUACACCCACUUUGUGUAUUCUUUGUAUUUCUUAGCGCACAUACUAAUUGGUUGGUUGUUAAGCUUUUGGAUGGUAUUGAUGAAACCUUUCAGACUGUACAUAUUUUUCACUACCGUAGCCUCUAGCAGCUGUUCCACAUCUGUCCCUUUAUCCAUGUUCUAUCAGAGAACUGUUUUUAGUGAAAAACCUGAAGCAGAUUACUUCUUAUUAAUAUCUUGUACAUUUUGCACAGCCACUUGUUAAUAUGUAAAUAUUCUAAUUGAAAUAAUGUUUUUUAAUUGCAAUUGUUUUAUAGAUGAUUGAGAGAGAAUGAUCUCCUUCAUUAAAAAAAUGUAAAAUAGUACCACGACCUAUCGGUGGAUCUUGCCAAUGCCUGUGUUUUAUAGUUUGUCUUAUACAGUGGUUAUCAACUUUAUUAGCCCAAAGACAGAUGGGCUCCAAUGAUGUAGCUAUGAUGAAUGAUUUACAUUUGAAUUAAUAUAGUUCCUGAGUUAAAGUGCAUAAUUCUUCCACCUGAGGGCACUAUUUUGUCACAAUCUCUAUGUCCCUCAAACAGAGCGAGGCAGCAUCAGGCAGAAAACCAAAUGAAUUAGCUUUGUCUUUGGGAGUGAGACCGAUCUCACCUGUAUCUAUGUGGACGUGAUCCAAGUCAAUGCCGCCAAAGUCACACACGUGUGAAUGGAGUUCACAAAGUGAAAGUCUUUUGGGGGAGUAUUUUAAGAUGCUACAAAUUUUCAAAGCUGAAUGCCCGGGGAUAUGACAGUGGUAAGUUCCUGAGGUGAUUUCUCCCAAUUCCACCCCUGCAUAUGGCUCUAUCAGUACAGCAGCCUUUGGUGCAUACCGUCAGUUUCCAAACUCUCCCCGUAGCUCAGCAACAGAUAUGAGUUGAGAAUGCCAGACUGAUAAGAGAUUUUAUGAGCAACACUAGCUAGCCAAACAGCACCAGGAGUCAUGUCUCUGGCUGUGCUCUGGCUCCAGUGACUUUGAGAAUGCAGGCUGUUGAUCUUUACGUACACACCACUGGGUUACUACAGACACUCAGACACACACAGUUGGGCAGCUCAUUGAGGGCUCACAGUAAAGCGUACAGAGUCAUGUCCCUGUUUCAGAUAGUGUGGAUAUUAGGCUUAUGGAGUUUGUUUCUGUUCACUCUGCAGACACAGUAGAUUCCUUUGAAUCCCUGUGUUUUCACCCAGUCUAUAUCCCAUACUUGGGCAGCAUCGCAAGUCUACCCAAAUACUUAGUUGAAGUUGGAAGUUUACAUACACCUUAGCCAAAUACAUUUCAACUCAGUUUUAAACUAUUCCUAACAUUUAAUCAGAGUACAAAAAUCCCUGUUUUAGGUCAGUUAGGAUCACUACUUUAUUUUAAGAAUGUGAAAUGUCAGAAUAAUAUUAGUGAUUUCUUUCAUCUCAUUCCCAGUGGGUCAGAAGUUUACAUACACUUGAUUAGUAUUUAGUAGCAUUGCCUUUAAAUUGUUUAACUUGGGUCAAAUGUUUCGGGGAGCCUUCCACAAGCUUCCCACAAUAAGUUGGGUGAAUUUUGUCCCAUUCCUCUUGACAGAGCUGGUGUAACUGAGUCAAGUUUGCAGACCUCCUUGAUCGUACACACUUUUUCAGUUCUGCCCACACAUUUUCUAUGGGAUUGAGGUCAAGGCUUUGUGAUGGCCACUCCAAUACUUUGACUUUGUUGUCCUUAAGCCAUUUUGCAUCAACUUUGGAAGUAUGCUUGGGGUCAUUGUUCUCUUGGAAGACCCAUUUGCGACCAAGUUUUGACUUCCUGACUGAUGUCUUGAGAUGUUGCUUCAAUAUAUCCACAAUUUUCUCUCCUCAUGAUGCCGUCUAUUUUGUGAAGUGCACCAGGCACUCCUGCAGCAAAGCACCCCCACAACAUGAUGCUGCCACGCCCGUGCUUCACGGUUGGGAUGGUGUUCUUCGGCUUGCAAGCAUCCCCCUUUUUCCUAUAAACAUAACGGUUGUCAUUAUGGCCAAACAGUUCUAUUUUUGUUUCAUCAGACCAGAGGACAUUUCUCCAAAAAGUACGAUCUUUGUCCCCAUGUGCAGUUGCAAACCGUAGUCUGGCUUUUUUAUGGUGGUUUUGGAGCAGUGGCUUCUUCCUUGCUGAGCGGCCUUUCAGGUUAUGUCGAUAUAGGACUGGUUUUACUGUGGAAAUAGAUACUUUUUUUACCUGUUUCCUCCAGCAUCUUCACAGGGCCCUUUGCUGCUGUUCUGGGAUUGAUUUGCACUUUUCACACCAAAGUACAUUCAUCUCUAGGAGACAGAACGCAUCUCCUUCCUGAGCGGUAUGACGGCUGCGUGGUCCCAUGGUGUUUAUACUUGCGUACUAUUGUUUGUACAGAUGAACGUUGUACCUUCAGGCGUUUGGAAAUUCCUCCCAAGGAUGAACCAGACUUGUGUAAGUCUACAAUUUUUUUCUGAGGUCUUGGCUGAUCUUUUGAUUUUCCCAUGAAUCAAGCAAAGAGGCACUGAGUUUGAAGUAGGCCUUGAAAUACAUCCACGGGUACACCUCCAAUUGACUCAAAUUAUGUCAAUUAGCCUAUCAGAAGCUUCUAAAGCCAUGACAUCAUUUUCUGGGAUUUUCCAAGCUGUUUAAAGACGCAGUCAACUUAGUGUAUGUAAACUUCUGACCCACUGGAAUUGUGAUACACUUAGGUUGGAGUCAUCACUGUAUGUAAACAUCUGACUUUAACUGUAUAUGUUCAUAAUUUCUGAGUAAUCUUACAUAUUGCCUUGCACAUAUCUAAUUUAAUUGGCAGAAAUAUGUUAGCAGGUUGAAUCACCAAGGAGCCAAACCCCUCUGAGCAGUGGGGCUGAGAGAGAGAGACAGUAGUUUGUUUGGAUAGAUCCCUACUGAUGACUUUCAUCCACUGAGUGGUUUUUUUUAUCAGUGGGAGAGGAUUAGACAGCGAUACUCUUCAGUAAACAGAGUAUUUUUGGGAUCUCAGUCGGAGUCUCAAUUUACUGUUGAGAGUUAGAAUACACAAGGUGCAAUUUCGAAACUUGGUUACAGCAGUUUUGCACGUGUUAUAUCACUCACUGACUGUCACUCAAUUAGCUCAUGAACGUUAAAAUAUUUUUGAUUGGGAAAUGAGUUAGUCUAGACAGAUUUUUAGACUUGUAAUAAUCAUGCCAGAAUUACCGACCGGGCAUGCAGGGCAAGUGCCCAGGGGCCCUGACCUCCAGGGGGCCCCAAUGAUUUUGUUAGUCAAUCUCACUCAGAUAUAAUAUUAAUAACCUACCAUAAGUCAUGGCAAAAUGUGUGGAAUUGCUGGAAAUUUGCUGUCAAAUUCAUUUGUUUACAUAAUACUUUUUCUGCAAAUAGAUCCCUCAGCAUGUAUUAAAUUGAACAAAAAUAUAAACGCAACAUGUAAAGGGUUGGUUCUAUGCUUAAUGAACUGAAAUAAAAAGAUCCCAGAAAUGUU